AAUGUAAAUCACUUAAGUGGUUGUACGAAUUUUCCUGUUUUUCCCCAUUGAGCAUCAUAAUAACCUCCGAUAAAAACCAUAUCCUUUCGCGGGAAAUGUUGAAAUAAAAAAAAGUUCGAAAACUCUUUUUAUUUUUUGUUAAAUUACGCUAAAUGGCGAAGUAACAAUGACACAAAGGGCUAAGAUUUUGGCGAAAAAUGCGAAAACCAAAGGCGGAAAGGAAAGGGCCAGCCGCCGCACCCUUGUAAAACCCUUUCGAAGGCGGCGAGACAGAGAGGCUAGAUGGGUGCGAGUGGGAGUGGUACAGCGAUAGAGUCACAUCACCCCUUUGCCCUUUGCCCUUUGCACCGCCUACCUGCUUCGUACCGCUUCGGCUGUCCGCUCGUGUCCGCCAUUUGUGUGGUGAAUGGAGCGUCGGCGCAGCCUCCGGAUUUCGGCUAUAAAUGCCGAGGCUUCCGACGAGAGGAAAUCAGUUUGCGUUCGACAUCGUCAGCGUGAAGAUAUAUAUAGCAAAUAGCAAAUAGCAAAUAUCAAAUAGCAAUAGCAAGAGCAGAGCUAGAUCAUCGGUCUAUAUAGCCCGCACAUCACUCAGUUGGAUUACAACCCCCGAGCAACCAUACAUUAACUUGAAGCAACAUGCUAAUGCACGAGAAACUCAUGGCCGGGCAGUUCUUCGAUCUCAAGACUGAUCGCAAGCCCUUGAUGCACCACCACCAGUACCAGCACCACCAGACGCACCACCAGCAGCAAUCGCUGCACCACUUGCCCCACAGCCAAUUGCCGGUUCAGGGCUCCCUGGGUCUGCCCAAAAUGGAUCUGUAUGCCGCCUAUGCCUACCAGCAGCAGUUGCUGGGCGCUGCCCUCAGCCAGCAGCAGCAGCAGCAACAUCAGCAGCAGCAACAUCAGCAACAUCAGCAGCAACAGCAGCAGCAAAAUCAGCAGCAAGCUGCCUCUGCGGAGGUCCUGGAUCUCUCGCGUCGCUGCGACAGUGUGGAGACACCCAGGAAGACGCCUUCGCCCUACCAGACCAGCUACAGCUACGGCAGUGGUUCCCCCGCAGCCUCGCCCACCAGCAAUCUGCUGUAUGCCGCCCAGAUGCAGCAGCAACAUCAGCAGCAGCAACACCAGCAGCAGCAGCAACAGCAGCAGCAACAGCAGCAGCAACAGCAACAGUUGGCCUCGCUGUAUCCCGCUUUCUACUACAGCAACAUCAAGCAGGAGCAUGCCACGCCCACUGCUGCACCGCCCAAGGUCACGCCCACCGCCAGCCUGCUGCAGACCUUUGCCGCCGCCUCUGCUGCAGCCGCUGCCGCAGCUGCUGCUGCCUCUGCCUCUGCAUCAGUUUCAGUUUCAGCUUCAGCUUCAGCUACUGCUGCCUCGACGACCAACUCCAACUCACCAAGACCCGCCAGCAAUGCAAGCACCAUGCAGAUCGACGUGCUGGAGAAUCCCCAAUCGCCGGCCGUUGAGGCCACCACGCCCACCACCUCCAGCGGCAGCAGCGGGGAGGCGGGCAAGAGCACCCGCCCCUUCAAGGCCUUUCCCCGCGAUCCCCUGGUGAUUGCGGCCAACUUUGCGGCCACCGAUGUGCUGCUGGACAAUCCGCGGGUGGAACGCUACACGGAGUACCGCAAGCGGGUGCUCGAGCAGAUCCGCAGCUCCAACGGGGGAUCGCGCACCGUUACCAAUCCCAAGAUGCGUCGUACCAACUCGCGCAGUGGCUCUGUCAACGAGGGCGGCUCCUCCAACAACAACAGCGAGAGCGAGGACCGGGCUGCGGCCGAGGAGUCCAGCGACUGCGACUCCCAGGCGGGCAACUUCGAGGGCAAGUCCAACUCCAGCUCCAUCGGUGCGACCAGUGCCAGCGGCGUUGGCAAUGCGGCGGCCAACGCGGGCAGCCAGGUGAAGGAUGCCGCCUACUAUGAGCGGCGCCGCAAGAACAAUGCCGCCGCCAAGAAGUCCCGCGACCGUCGCCGCAUCAAGGAGGACGAGAUCGCCAUCAGGGCCGCCUAUCUGGAGCGCCAGAACAUCGAGCUGUUGUGCCAAAUCGAUGCUCUGAAGGCCCAGCUGGCCGCCUUUACCUCCGCCAAGGCGAGCACCGCCUAAG